AUGGCUCCAAUGCAGAUGACUGUCGAGAAGCAAACUGAAGUUGACGUGACGGUGAACCCUAACAGUGGGAAAAGGGCUUACGUCACCUUUCUCGCUGGAAACAAAGAUUACUGGAUGGGUGUUGUUGGUCUUGCCAAAGGACUUCGUAAGGUGAAAUCGGCUUAUCCUCUUGUGGUUGCCAUGCUCCCGGAUGUGCCUGAGGAACACCGUCAAAUUCUGGUGGCUCAAGGAUGUAUACUCCGUGAGAUCGAACCGGUCAUUCCGCCGGAAAACAAAGUCGCUUAUUCCAUGGCCUACUUCGUCCUCAAUUACUCCAAGCUUCGUAUUUGGGAGUUUGUGGAGUAUGAGAAGGUGAUGUAUCUAGAUGGAGACAUACAAGUGUUUAAUAACAUUGAUCAUCUAUUCGAUAGUCCUUCCGGCUACUUAUACGCCGUUAAAGAUUGUUUCUGCGAGAUAUCUUGGUGUAAUACUCCUCAAUACCAGAUCGGUUACUGCCAACAGUCACCUGAAAAGGUGACAUGGCCGGUGGAAAGCCUUGGUUCUCCGCCUCCGACAUAUUUCAACGCUGGUAUGUUAAUGUUUGAACCAAAUCUCGCCACUUACGAGGAUCUCCUCCGUGUUGUUCAGAUCACUACUCCAACCUGUUUUGCCGAACAGGAUUUUCUGAACAUGUUCUUUAGGGACAUUUACAAGCCGAUCCCUUCGACCUACAACCUUGUGCUGGCUAUGAUUUGGCGUCAUCCGGAACACGUUGACCUUGACCAAAUCAGUGUUGUUCAUUACUGUGCAAAUGGAUCAAAGCCUUGGAAAUACGAUGAAACUGAAGAUCAUAUGGAACGUGAGGACAUUAAAAUGUUAGUGAAGAAAUGGUGGGAGAUCUACGAAGAUUCGAGCUUAGACUACAAAAACUUUGUCGAGGCUGAAUCUAAGUUGAAUCCGAUCACUGCAGUCCUAGCUUCCAAUGAAUCGGAUGGCGAUGUCGUUACGAACCUUGCCCCUUCCGCUGCGUAA